CAAAUUUUCCUUCACAAUAAGUAAUAAUAAGGCUAAAACAAGGUGCAGUUUUCUCAAAACGUGUAUUUUGCAGAAUAUUGUUGUGGUAACUGUGGGUGUCAGUACACAUUGCUGAAAACAAAGGAGGUGAAACGGCCACAGCAACGUGUGUUAAGAAUUUGCCAAAACCCAUAGCCAUUUUUGAUUGUAUGUGUAAAUAAAUUCAAAAUUAAAACAGGAGGCAGAGGAGCGCCAGUAUUGUGAUUGGCAUCAACUGUGAAAAUGCCAGGAAAGGUCGGUGUGAAAAUUAAAGCUGGGCGCAAUUUGCCCGUAAUGGAUAGGAGCAGUGAUACAACCGACGCAUAUGUAGAAAUAAAAUUGGGCAAUGUCACACACAAAACGGACGUAUGUCGCAAAAGCUUAAAUCCACAAUGGAAUACAGACUGGUUUCGUUUUGAGGUAGACGAUGCUGAAUUACAAGAUGAGCCUUUGCAAAUACGAUUGAUGGACUAUGACACAUACUCGGCUAAUGAUGCAAUUGGUAAAGUAAAUAUAAGCUUAAAUCCUCUAUGUUUAGAAAUGUCCGGACCGACGACCCAUGGAAAGGGUACAGUUCUAUCAGGUUGGAUACCAGUUUUCGAUACAAUGCACGGCAUACGGGGCGAAGUCAAUGUUAUUGUUAAAGUGGAUUUGUUUUCCGACUUAAACAAAUUCCGACAGAGCUCAUGCGGCAUACCAUUCUUUCACUCGCAAUGCAUACCAUUUGGUUAUCGGGCGCAGAUGAUACAUGGCUUUGUCGAAGAAUUGGUGGUGAAUGAUGAUCCUGAAUAUCAAUGGAUAGAUAAAAUACGUACACCACGAGCAUCCAAUGAGGCCAGACAAGUCGUGUUUCUUAAAUUAUCGGGUCAAGUGCAACGAAAAAUGGGUUUAAAGGCGAUUAAUAUGGGUGCCAAUGCUGUUAUCGGAUACACACAAUGUUUCGACUUGGAGGGUGAUGUUGGUGUGGUGGCGCGUGGAAUCGGCACAGCUGUGACCUUGAUCAAAGAUGCAACAUGUAGCCAGUCAGCGGCCGCCACAGCCGAUAAUGCGCUUAUUGAAGAGCGCACAAUGAAGUACAUAGAAUUUCUAACAGGUUCGCACAUCAAUCUCGCCGAACAACCGCCUCCUUGUGCAUUACAAAUUCGCAAAUCACGCUCAUCAACACUCUUCGAUCUUCAGCACGCCAAUACGGGCGCAAUGGAAGAUAACGAAAUCAUGCAUGAUUUAAUGCGUCAAGAGGAUGAGCGUGGUGAGAAGCCCGCAAAAAAGCUACGACAUCAUAUGAAGCGCUUCACACACUCUUCCCGAAAUAUACUUAACGAGAAAUACAAUGCUUUUAUGCGGAGAUUUGGUGAGAGCGUUGAAUCUAAGUCGCUUAGCAGCACUUCACGUUCACUUAGCAGUCUCUGCGCUGUCGCAGGCAGUGUAAUGAAAGAUGAUGCUACCACCUCAGAUUCGUCGGGUCGUAGUUCGACAGGUACAGCUUAUGAUUCGCGUCGGAGACAGAGUUUCAAGGCUAAACACAAGAUAUUCGGCGGUGUUGGUAGUGGUGGCGCCAUUGUUUCAAAACCGACCUUUUUACAACGCCAAGGUAUAGUGAAGCGUGCCAGCGGUAGCGGCAGUACAAGCGGUAGUGCUGACAAUCCGCAUGCCAUACUGCGUUCGGUGAGUGCCGAAUGCAGUGACGGCAGUCGAAGAGGUGCACCAGUUAUCGCAUCCAUAUCAGAAUAUUCGGACAGCACACGUUCCUCACCAAAUUUCUACGGCGAUAACAGAGAUGAUAUCGAUUACGUUGAUCAUCAAUUGCAAGCAAUGCUUACACUGCAACGCGCUCAUGCCAUUCAAAAUUACGAUUACAAUACAACAUCGCUGGCGAGUGGUAGCUGUGGUCGUAGCGACAGCAACAGCUGUGUGGAUGUGGUGGGUGCCAUUGGUGGUUAUCAUCCGUUUGGUGAGUUCACACAAUAUGAGCCACAACGGUUGCAGCUAAAUGCGCUCCACGACACAGUCACGACUCGUUCAUGCUCGCCAAAUACGCUCUCAUUGAGCAAUUCAGAGAGUUCCGGUUCCGAGGUGGAGGUGGAGACAGAGUUUACACAUGAACAGACUCGCGGCGAGGAAGAGGAACGUGUGAAAAUGGAGAAAUAUUUGAAAAUUUGUAAGGACACGGACGAAGUCGAUGCCAAGUGGAUACAGCCAAGCGAGUUGGAGAGUUUUGACGACAGUUUGACUGAUUUAACGCCACGGCGUUCAUUGUUGCGCGACCUGAAGACAUUGUCGCAGCAUGUACAGGAGUUCAUACAUGCCAAGCCGAAAAAAAUAGAUAAAUCACCAAUACCUUCGCCACAACAACAACGUCGCACAGCUACUUCACCACAAACAAAGAAUGCUUUAUUCCUUCAACCGCUUUCAAGCGAAAGCAAGGAAUAUUACUCUUCACAGCCGGAGAUUUGCAUUGAUUGGGAUGGCGAUAUGUGCGCCUCACCACCAGCCACACACAUUUCCCAAUCACGCUCGCUUAUCAAUCUCAGACGCAGCGGCGCCAAUUCGCCAACAACAAUUAACAAUGCUAAUGCUCAAGAGCUUGAUUUAACUACCACAAAAGAUGAUAUGUACGCCACUAAUGCUUAUGCCUAUGGUUAUGUUUCGGAUUCAGAUUCGAGUUCCGCUUACUUGCCAGUCACCAUUAAAUCAUUCGCCAAUAAAGCUAAAUGUCCAAUAUUUAAAAUAUGCCCUUCCACUCCCUCACCAUCAGAGACUGAUUUAAAGAUACCCUAUAUAGAAGAUGAUGCCUCAACUGUGGUUGAUGACAGCGCCUCAGAGACCACCGAUAUACCUACACCGGUUUUAGGCAACAGUACGCUUAGCGUAGACACCGUAAGCGCAGCGACGCUGUUAGACGUUAAUGGCACAAUAGCUAAUUCCUCUGUAACUAGCAGAAAGUACGUAGUAGGCAAUACAUCUAGUAAUGUUAGUAGUCCACAGCGCUCCCCUAGCUCCCCCAAUGUUCCCACUCCCAAUUAUAUUGAAGCAAAUAAAAAAUGUACUAAUCAUAAUAGUAAUAAUCUAAAUUCACACUUGCUCGCACCACCGCCAUUGCCAUUGCCAUUACCAUUGCCGUCAUCGUCCACGUUAUCAUCAUCGCGUACGCUAUCGUCGUCAACGCAAACGCUCGUUUCUGUGCCUGUGCCUGUGCCUACCUCUUCGCCUUGCAUAUCGCUACCCUGCACCAAAAAUCGUCAUCACCAUCAACGUGAACAUCAUUCGCAUCAUGAUAGGUCAUUGAACGAAGUGAAUGCAGCAACCCGAGAAGCAUCCAAUAACGCCUUGGUAGCGGCUGCUGCCGCCGCAGCUUCUGGCAUCACCGAUAGUCCCAGCUUGAAGCGUUUCGCAUCACCAGCUCAGGCUGCAGUCGUGGCAGCUGCUGCAGCAAUGCCGGGCGCCAAUACAUUAGCCAGCACGCAGCAGUCAUCAGCAGUGUUAAUGUCCGGUGGAAGCAACAGUGGACGGUCCAAAAUUGCAACUAGCCCAUCAAAGCUGGCGUUGAAUUCAACAGCAACCAAUGCAGCAGCGGAAUACAACAGCAAUGCACCAAGUACGGUCGGUCCUACAAGAACAACAGCAGAUACGGCAACAGCGCCAGCAAUUGACGGUGCACCAGGAGCCGUGCUGAAUUCAAUACCGCCCACAGCAAUCGCAUCAAAGGAAUCGCUGCCAACCGAAAUGUGUCGACGCUCUUCUGACUCAGACUUGAGCAUAACGCCAAAAGGAAACUCAUUGUGUGUGGCCAGUGAACGUUUGGUAGCCGCCACAGCGAUGAUGCGUCUCAAUCAACCGUUAGGCGGUAAAACUUCCAACGCCGAAGGCAUGGAUGGGCUGUUGGAGUAUCCAUUUUUGACCAUGACAAAGUAUCCACAAGGCUUCAUAUUGCAUUUAGGAACCACGGUAGCGGCGCGUUCGGUGAAAUUGCUAGAGCGUGUCCCGAAUCCUGAUGAGCCGGAGGUACGUGACUCCUGGUGGACGGAAUUGCGCAUGGAAAUACGCUCGCAUGCGCGUUCACUUGGCUGCAAUGUGGUGCUGGGCUAUUCGGAAGCGACUACUAUAUCUGACGAUGUUUGUGUACUGUCCGCAACAGGCACAGCUGCCGUCAUUAAUAUGGCCUACAAUCGUUCUGUAUCGCAAACUGAUAUACUCACCACAGCGGCGGUAAAGCCAGUAGGCUUUGGCAUCGGUAUGGGCAAUGCAGGCACCGUAAUAUCCGGCUCACUUGAGGAACGAGAAAUGCUCAAAGAUAUGCGAAAUGGUACUGCGAACGAAGCAAUUUCAUCGAUUGCCAAAGAUCCGACGAUGUCAUCGUCUUUAGGUGCCACCAUACACGGUUUGGCAGGCAAGAAAAAUGCCAUACCGACAAGCAUGAGUUUAAUUAAAAAUUCCCCAUGCAGCGUCUGUCAUGUACCAUAUAAUCUUGCUUCGGUGCCGUUCAAUGUUAAAAUGAAGAAAUGCGCAAUAUGCCGUAAAGGACGCGUGCCGGAUGUACUCUUGGCUACACUUGAAGUGCCAGAACGGUUGCAUGUGACCGGUCGUGGUUGUUUCAUGCAAGCACAAGUGGUACGCGCCAAAAAAGACUUACGUUCCGAACUAAAUGCUAAAGAGAUAUCCGAUGGGCUACCAUUCUUGGAAUAUGAAUUACAUCGUGUAUUAAUCAACAAAUUGAAAGCCAAAGGAAUGAAUGCAAUAUUUGGUUUGAGAGCCCAAGUAGCUAUUGGUGAACGUAUGAUUGCGCUGAUAGCAACGGGUACAGCACUAUUUUUAACCGCGCUGCCAGUGCCGCAGGUGCCAAAGAUUGUGGCGGGUAAUUCUUGGACGGACAAACAGAAAUUGAAUGAACUGCAAAAGAAAUUGCAGGAGACGUUCGAACGCAAUCAGGAAGUCUAUCAGCUCAAAUGUAUUGAUCCCGAUUUGAUGGGUAGUGGCGUGCCGCAGGUGGACAAGCAUUCAGAUACUGAUGAGUCGGAUGACGAGGUGAUUGAAAUCGAUUUGAAUUGUGGCAAUAAAGACACCUGUGUAUUGGAAGUGGAUGACAUAGAGGAUUUGGAAAUUAUUUCUUUGCUCAUGGAAACGUAUCCACCAGAAGGUUUUCACGUGGUCAACACGCAAAGUGUACCCGGAAUGUUAGAUAUCGAGGCGGUAAAAAAUCUGCAAAUGUUUACGCAAGUAUGGCGCGCAAAAUUGGAUGUCACUCAAAAUAUUAACGGCUUCCCCAAACACUUUCAGCGAAUUUUGCAGACAAUUUACUUUAAACUGCGUACAAUGAUACCCUGUGCAAUUUGCGAUCUUAGAUUUCGUUUAGAUCUACCAGAAAGUGAUCAGAUACAACUACUUGUUACUGGCAUAGCACUCGGCUUGGGCGAUGCAAAUAAAUUUAAAUAUCGUCGUAAAGCUACCGCUACCAGUGGCUUCACCAAUGGCACAACUGCUGACGCGCCAGAUGCGAAUGGUGCGAAUACGGGAAAUAAGCGUACGCUACAAGAAGAGGAUUACAUUUUCCCAUUGGACGAAGAUCAAAUGGUAGAGACGCCAACACCGACAUCAAACCUUCCCCCGUAUGGCUUGAAUAGCUUUAAAAUGGCGAAAACAUCACCGUCUCGUCAGCAGAGCAAGAAAGGCGCUGUAGUUAGUAAUCGCAAUUAUUACUUCCCGCUACGCGAUCGAUAUGGAGUGGAUAUUACACCACUUAGUUUUAUACCAGGUGGACGUAUAGAAAAAUAUUUGGGUAAUUUAAAUUUCUUCUUUAUCCGCGAGACGACGUCGAUACGUGAGAAUGGUGGUAUUAGCGGUUUUGUGCAUUCGUUUAUAACGGAGUUACUGGCAGUGGUUCGUGCACACAUAUCCGCGCUCGGCGGUAAUGCUAUGGUAUCAUUCUAUAUGAGCGAACUAAUUUUAGUUGAUAAUCAGCAUAAAAAUCAAGGUCAAUGUUUAAUCAGCAUUGGUGGUGAUGCUGUCUACGUUUCCUAUCACACCGAUGACUGAUAUACACAACUAAAGGGUAUCUAGCGCUUAUUUUUCGUCAAUCGACCGAAAAGUCUUUACUAUUAGGCACACGUAUAGUGUCUAAAUGGGACACGCUCAAUUCAAAAGAAAAGAAAUAGAUAAAAGAAACCGCUAAUCAAAACGUGCUUUACUGAAACUAUAAUUGUUAUCUAAUUGAUUUAUCUAAUAUACAACAGCUUGUUUUUUUUUCUUUGUAAAUGUUCAAUAUCCCUAAAAGCUGCUACAAUAUUAUUAUAAUAUUAUUAUGUGUAUACUUUAUGCUAUAGUCCAGAAAGUUGUAUACGCGGUUUUGUAUUUAAAUACUGGUAAAUAUUUGAAAUUGAAUAUUUCUAUUCCAUGUCGAAAUGCAUGCUCACGCUCUCUCCGAAAAAUAUAAAUGGCGUACAAACGUAC